AUGUCAUCCUCGGUACCCGAAGCGACUCCCAACCACCCCUCAUCUGGGAGCAAGCCAACCGUCACGUUCAAAGAAGCAAAGUACGGCUUGAUGAGAUGCCACCUCCCCAUGACCACGGAACCCAUGCCCCCCGAUAAAUCCAGCCCCUGGGCCGGCGAGCUCUGCCUAACGCUGCCUAAAACGGAGAAGUUCAAAAAACAGUUGAUACACUACAUGUUGAGCAAGAAAAACAGCCUUGAAAAUGGCGAGGCCAAAAGUUUCAAAAGGGGUCUAUAUCUCUGCAGCAACACAAACAAGUCUCCUGAUUACGGGUUUGGGUGUUUUUGGGGAGUUGAUCCGUCGGACCCGGAGAAGUUUGUAAUGUAUUGGGUGGAGAGGUUGGAUAUUCCACCUGGUGAGGUAGAACCCGAGGGUCUUGCCGCAGAAGUAGAAAAUUGGCGAGAGCUUUACUGGUCUAACCCAGGAGCUGAGGAUGUGUAG